AUGCAGUUGACAACAAGUCUGAUUAUUGCUUCUGCUGCCUUUGCGAGCGCCACGGCAUCGCUUCAUGAUGUCAACAGCCCACAUCUUGCGCGUUUGCAGCGUCGUCAGUCUAAUCAGGAUGCAGCUUCUGUAGCGAAAGAGACUGAUCCAAAGCAAGAAUGCGCAGCCGCGUAUCAAAACCCUCUCGAAGGACUGAAGGGCAAGAAAUUGCCUGAACCCCAGAAGAUCGCCGAGAUCAUUGAUGGUGACGAUGAGGCGAAAAAAGUAUGGCAGGAGAUCCAAGAUUCCGGUAUAAUUCCGAAAGACGUGAAGCAAAAGAAGGACACUACAAGUGACCAACAGACUUCUAACAUGGGUACAUCAGCCCAAGCCUCGAACUAUGAUGUCCAAGGCGAUCCUGAUUGCUGGUGGACCGCCAAUCGAUGUACUGAACCGAAGCAUGACAAGAUCCCGAAGGAUAUUAGCUCGUGCCCGGAGCCUAGCACUUGGGGCCUUACAUUUGAUGAUGGCCCGUAUUGCUCCCACAAUGAGUUUUACGACUUUUUGAAGAAGAAGAAGCUCAAAGCGACACUUUUCUACAUCGGGACUCAAAUGUACAAUUUCCCUUUGCAGGCACAGCGCGGCCUUGCUGACGGGCAUGAUAUUUGCGUCCAUACUUGGGCCCACCGUUACAUGACUACUUUGUCGGAUGAACAAGUGUUUGCUGAGUUGUUCUACACGGCCCGCGCUAUCAAGGUCUUGAUGGGCGUGACUCCCUCAUGCUGGCGACCACCAUUUGGCGAUACUGAUGACCGUGUUCGUGCUAUUGCUGCGGGUCUUGGUUUGCGUACAAUUUUGUGGGAAGAGGAUACACACGACUGGCAGGUUGAUCAGGGCAAAACGGAAGAUGACAUUCGAAACAAUUACCAGAACAUUAUCGGCAAAGCGGACAGUGAGAGCCCAAUCGUUCUCUCCCACGAACUUUCGACAAAAACAAUGAAACUAUUUGAGGAAAUGGAGCCAAAGAUUUCGGAUGCGUACAAGCACAUUGUUCCGAUCACUGCAUGCCAGAAUGUGACGAAGCCUUACGCGGAAGACAUUACGUACCCCGACUUUGCCGACUUUAUUAAGGGCAACAUUGAGCCAAAAGGUGUUCCUGACAUUGGUGACAUAAAGGCCAACCCAGACGCUGAUUACAAGGUGGUCAAGCUCUCUGACAUGAAGAAUGGCUAUGCCAAUCCAGGGCAGGGAUCUAGCGGUGGCUCCAAAGAUGGUUCUGGUAAUGGCUCUGGUGGCUCGAAGGACUCUGGAAAAGAUGGCAAGGGCGAAAAUGGCUCUAGCAGCUUGCUUGACGCCAAGAUUGGUGCCAUUUCUGUGCUUGUUGCUAUGGUCAUCGGCACUGCAGUUGUUGUCCUUUGA